AUGAAACUGAAUAAACUAGUAACAAUUAUUGCACUAUUUUGUAUGCAUUUAACUUUGACGAAAUCAGCUGGUCUGAUACCAGAAAAUAUCGAUAUGUCAAAUGUGCCUUCAGUCAAUACGCAACCAGCUCUUUCAAUAAUGAAAGAUCUGAUUUCUGCUCCAAACAAACAAGUAACUACCAUUCCAUCGAUGGAAGAGCAAUUAGUGACAACAUCAAAAAAGACUAAUACACCAACAAUCAGAUUACCAGAAAUUACCAAGAAUUCAAUAAUCUCUACUACUUUCGUGAUGCCUACACUUAAACCACAAGAGGAUAAUAGCAUCAAACCUAUCGCACCACCAAUUAUUUCGCAAUCAAUUAUUCGCGUGAUUCCUACACCUAAAGCACAAGAGGAUAAUAGCAUCAAACUAUCCAUCAAACCUAUCGCACCACCAAUUAUUUCGCAAUCAAUUAUUCACGUGAUACCUAUACCUAAAGCACAAGAGGAUAAUAGCAUCAAACCUAUCGCACCAUCAAUUACUUCGCAAUCAAUUAUUCAAGUAUCUUCAACCUUAAAUCAAAAUUCACAAUCAAAUAAUGUCGCUCCGACUGAUCAAAUUUUCGCGAAUCCUUCUUUAGAUGAUUCAAACUCACAAAAUAGUGAUCAACAAAAUACUUUGCCAACUAAUAGCGUGGUUCCGACAAAUAAAAUUUAUCCAAAUCCUUCAGUUGAUGAAGAAACCAAGAAUUCCGAAUCUGAAUCGAGCUCUACAGAAGAACUGCAAGAUAUACCUUCAAGUGAUUCGAGCAAAACUUACAAGAAUCCAAGUAUGCAGGAAUUUGAAGAGACAUCAAAUGAAAUAGCAAAUAGCACUAUCAGCGAAAAUAGCGAAUCUACUGGUAUGGUUUCGUCAAAUUCAAAUGGCAACAACGAUACCUCAUCAUAUGAUACAAAUAUCGACAAUAAUUCUAAUCGCAACAGCGAUUCAAGUUUGAACAAUAAAAAUUACAACAAUCCAUCACUGACACCUGCUGAUAAUACGAAUGACCCAGCGCUAUCAACGGAGAGCUCUGUAUCGCCAGCAAGCAAACCCAGAAAUGAUUCUUCCAGUGGCACAACGAGUAGUUGGAUGGUUCAAAAUUCUCCGCCUUCUUCGUUUAGCACGUCUUCCCGUGACAAUUACAUUG